CUUGCUAGCACUUGUAGUUCCACAGCAGCCCGAAGGCAUCAGAUUUCUCUAAAUGGACCACUUAGAUAUUAGGAAGAAUUCAAGGAGAUUUCUAAGGAGUAAGUGGCGGGGACGUUGGCUUAAUCCUCUACCCCCUUUCUAUAGGGCACAGUCCAGAAAGCAGCUGCCUAUGAGUGGAGAAAGCCCUGGCUGUUUUGACAGCAUUGUUCCAAAGCUCAUUCCAUAUGUAUGUCACAUCACAGCACUACCCUCUUCCUCCUCCUCCUCCACCACUAGCUCCCAUCCCCCCCCCCCUCGCUCCCGGAUUUUCUUCCCCCAUCUCCAAGUCACAUUUUUUUUCUUCAUUACCACACUGAGGAAGGUGAUGGGAACUUUUUCAAACUGCAGAUUUCUCAGGACAAGUUGAGUCUUCUGCAGGGAAACCCUUCUGCCUACUGGAUAGACUUGAUUUUUUGAAAUUUUUUACUACUUCCUCUAGUAAAGUGUGCAGACUGGGAUUUUUUUUUUUUUCCUGGUAACCUUGGAAGCAUCUAUCGUCUUGAGGAGUGCUGGAGAAUGGAGGAGGCAGGUUGCACUUGUUCUUCAGGGCUGUUUUGGGGAAGAGCACUGAGGUCCAUAUAGGACAAGUCCAAGAUUGGGAACAGUUUAUGAAGCUGCACUCACGUGAGAGGAGGAAGAAAAAUGAUGGAAUAGCUGCAAACAUGGCUAUCUUGAGAGGUGUAUGGACAACACCCUCCAGUGUCAUCACCCUACUAUUUUUAAAUUUACUCUUUAAAUUAUGUAAUGGUCUCCAAGGAACCUCACCUCAGAUCUUCCAGUUUACACAUUCAACGUACAAUGCCACAGUAUACGAAAAUUCUGCUGCUCGGACUUAUCUCAACAGUCAAACCAAAAUUGGCAUCAAGCUGGCCAAUCUUUCUUGGGACAUCAAAUACAGGAUAAUGUCUGGAGAUGAAGAAGGCUUUUUUAAAGCUGAAGAAGUCGUCAUUGGAGAUUUUUGUUUUUUACGAAUACGAACAAAAGGAGGAAAUUCUGCCAUUUUGAAUAGAGAAAUUCAAGACAGCUAUUUAUUAUCAAUAAAGGCGUCAGUGAGAGGGGAGGACUUCGAGGCCUGGACAAAAGUCAACGUACAAGUCUUAGAUAUGAAUGAUUUACGUCCCUUGUUCUCCCCAACCACAUACUCUGUUACUAUAGCAGAAAGCACUCCUAUAAGGACGAGUAUAGCACAGGUUACUGCCACCGAUGCCGAUAUUGGAUCCAAUGGGGAAUUUUAUUACUAUUUUAAGAAUAAGGUAGAACUUUUCUCUGUCCAUCCUACAAGUGGAGUUGUAUCACUAAGUGGGCGGCUAAACUAUGACGAAAAAAAUAGAUAUGACCUGGAAGUUUUAGCUGUAGACCGCGGCAUGAAAUUAUAUGGGAACAAUGGUGUAAGUAGUACCGCCAAACUUUUUGUUCACAUUGAACGUAUAAAUGAACACGCUCCUACAAUCACCGUGGUCACUCACAUUCCAUCCAUGUUGGACAUGGACCCUUUGUAUGCCAUUGUUACUGCUGAUGACAAUGAUGAAGGCGCCAAUGGAGACAUUGAAUCAGUUGCUGUUGUCUCGGGAGAUGAGCCGCAACCGUUUUCAUUGGUGAAGGAGGGAAAAUGGAUGAACGAGUAUAAAAUCAAACAAAAAAGUCCUAUUGAUUGGGACAACUUUCCAUACGGUGUAAAUCUGACACUUCAAGCUAAAGACAAGGGGUCUCCCCAAAAGUCUUCAGAAUUCAAAUACGUGCACAUUGCCAGCCCUGAAAAAGAAAAGGUGAAAGCUGAAUUUGAGAAAGAUGUUUAUGAUGUUACAGUUAGUGAAUUCUCUCCUCCUGGUGCUGUGGUAACAGCGGUGAAGGUGCAGCCUUCAUCAGCAUCUGUGGAAUACAAAAUUUCCGAAAGCGAAGAUUCAGAGUAUUUUCGGAUCAACUCAAGGACAGGACUGAUCACCACAUCACGUAAUUUAAACAUGGCCGGGAAAGAUACUUAUGAAAUAGAAGUAAUGCACAAAACCAAUGAUAUUAAUGCAAAGGUCAUCAUAAAACUGGAAGAUGCCAAUGAUAACACCCCAGAGUUCCAACAAACCUCAUACGAGGCAUUUGUCAAUGAAACAGUGCCUGUCGGAACUAGUGUUUUAACGGUUUUAGCAUCUGAUAAGGACAAAGGCGAAAAUGGCUAUAUUACUUACAGCAUUGCCAGCUUAAAUUCCCUGCCUUUUGUCAUCAAUCAGUUUACAGGAACUAUCAGCACUUCUGAUGUUCUUGAUUUCGAGUCAUCACCUGAAAAUUACAGAUUUAUUGUAAGAGCCUCCGAUUGGGGGUCUCCAUACCGCCAUGAGAGUGAAGUUAAUGUAACCAUUCAUAUAGGAAACAUAAAUGAUAACAAGCCUUUAUUUGAAAAAGUAGCUUGCCAAGGAGUCAUCUCUUUUGAUUUUCCAACUGGUGGACACAUCACUGCUGUUUCUGCCAUUGAUAUCGAUGAGCUAGAGCUUGUUAAGUAUAAGAUAAUGUCAGGGAAUGAACUAGGUUUCUUCUACUUGAACCCAGAUUCCGGGGUCUUACAACUUAAGAAAUCAUUCAUCAGUUCUGGACUCAGAAACAGUAACUUUGCCCUUAAGAUCACUGCCACAGAUGGUGAAAACUUUGCCGACCCUAUGUACGUGAACAUAACCAUAGUCCAUGGUAAGGUCCCAUCUAAAUAUUUUGACUGUAAAGAAACAAGGGUUGCCCAGAAGUUAGCAGAAAAACUUCUCAAAAAGUCCAAAGCUAAUUCCAAAUUAAACUAUGAGGACAGUCUGUUCGAUUUCUAUUCAAUAAAUAGGCAGCCACCUCAAUUUGACAAGUCUUUUCCUUCAGAUGUGUCAGUGAAGGAAGACCUUCCCGUGGGUUCCUCAAUACUAAAAAUCAAAGCCACUGACCCUGAUUCUGGGUUUAAUGGAAAGGUACUUUACACAAUCACAGAUGGUAAUAUUGAUAGCUGCUUUACCAUUGAUUUGGAAUCUGGUCAAAUCAGUGUGCUAAUGCCCAUGGAUCGAGAGACUUCGGAUAAGUAUCUUCUUAAUAUCACCACAUAUGAUUUAGGCAAACCUCAAAGAUCAUCCUGGCGAUUGUUGACUAUCCACGUCAAUGAUGCAAAUGACAACAGACCCAUUUUCCUUCAAGAAAGCUAUUCAGCUAAUAUUCUAGAGAGCACAAGCAUAGGGACAGAGUUAAUUCAGGUGGAAGCUCGAGACAAGGAUAUCGGACCAAAUGGUGAAAUAUUUUAUUCCAUUUUAACUGACACCAAAAAAUUUGCAAUCAACAGCUCCACUGGAAUAGUGUAUGUAGCUGAUCAUCUGGACAGAGAACUCAUGUCUAACUACACAUUGAAAAUUGAAGCAAGGGACAAAGCGGAAAAUGGUCAACAGCUUUUUUCAGUUGUCACCCUAAAGGUGUAUUUGGAUGACGUUAAUGAUUGUGCUCCAGUUUUUGUACCAUUCAGCUAUACUGCCAAAGUACUGGAAGAUCUGCCAGUGGGUACUGUCAUAUCUUGGCUUGAAACCCAAGACCCAGACCUUGGUCUUGGUGGCCAAGUACGGUAUUCCUUAGUGAACGACUACAAUGGCAGGUUUGAAAUUGAUAAAACAAGUGGAGCUAUUCGCUUGAACAAGGAAUUAGACUAUGAAAAGCAACAGUUCUACAAUCUAACUGUACGCGCUAAGGAUAAGGGUCGUCCUGUUUCUCUUUCAUCGGUUUCAUUUGUGGAAGUGGAAGUGGUAGACGUCAAUGAAAACCUACAUACUCCAUAUUUUUCGGAUUUUGCUAUAACUGGAUCUAUCAAAGAGAAUUCACGCAUUGGAACUAGUGUGUUGCAAGUGUUGGCGAAAGAUGAAGAUACUGGUCGAGAUGGUGAAAUACAGUACUCUAUAAGGGAUGGCAGUGGUCUCGGAAGAUUCACUAUUGAUGAAGAAACUGGAGUUAUCUACACCGCCGAUGUUCUAGAUAAAGAAACCACCAACUCAUACUGGCUCACAGUGUAUGCCACCGACAGAGGAGUUGUUCCUCUCUUCUCUACCAUUGAACUUUACAUUGAAGUGGAAGAUGUCAACGAUAAUGCUCCUCUGACUUCUCAGCCUAUAUACUAUCCUACAAUCAUGGAAAAUUCCCCUAAAGAUGUGUCUGUGCUCCAGGUUCAGGCUGUAGACCCUGAUUCGAACACCAGCGAUAAGUUGACCUACAAGAUCACAAGCGGGAACCCUCAAAACUUCUUUGCCAUCAAUGCCAAGACAGGUCUCAUUACCACCACGUCCAGAAAGUUGGAUCGCGAACAGCAAGCGGAGCAUUUUCUUGAGGUGACAGUCAGUGAUGGAGGUCCAUCUCCCAAGCACUCCACCGUCUGGGUCGUGGUUCAAGUUUUGGAUGAAAACGAUAACAAACCCCAAUUCCCAGAAAAGGUUUACCAGAUCAAACUUCCAGAGAGAGACCGUAAGAAAAGAGGAGAACCCAUCUACAGAGCUUUCGCCUUCGACAAGGAUGAAGGUCCCAAUGCUGAGAUCUCCUACACGAUCGUUGACGGCAACGAAGACGGCAAGUUCUUUAUCGACCCUAAAACCGGCAUGGUGUCUUCAAGGAAGCAGUUUUCAGCUGGGAGUUACGACAUCUUAACAAUAAAGGCUGUAGACAAUGGGCGCCCUCAGAAGUCCUCCACCGCACGACUCCACAUUGAAUGGAUUAAGAAGCCUUCACCUUCACCCACUGCCCUCAUCUUCGAUGAACCCUUCUACAACUUUACAGUCAUGGAAAGUGAUAAGGUGACGGAGAUUGUGGGAGUUGUUACUGUUCAGCCUUCCAAUAUCCCUCUUUGGUUUGACGUUGAAGGAGGAAACAUGGACAGCACUUUUGACAUCGAGAAAGGAGUAGGGACAAUUGUCAUUGCGAAGCCACUGGACGCCGAGCUGCGCUCAAGCUAUAAUAUGACUGUGGAAGUCACUGAUGGGACAAACAUUGCCACCGCUCAGGUUCUUAUUCGAGUCCUUGACAACAAUGACAAUGGUCCAGAGUUCUCCCAGGCAAGCUAUGAUGCGGUCAUCUCAGAAGACAUCCUCCCAGACACUGAAAUUUUACAAAUAAAAGCCACGGACAAGGAUGAAAACCACAAGCUGAGCUACAUCAUCCACAGCAGCAUCGACCCAAAUAGUAUGAGAAAGUUCCGUAUUGAUCCUAGUACUGGCACGCUGUAUACAGCGGAAAGGCUGGACCACGAGACCCAGGCCCAUCACAUCCUUACUGUAAUGGUCAAAGAUCAGGAAUUCCCGUACAGACGAAACCUGGCUCGAGUUACAAUCACUGUAGAAGACGCUAAUGACCACAGCCCCUACUUCACCAGCCCAUUGUAUGAAGCUUCUGUCUUUGAAUCUGCCGCCAUCGGCUCAGCCGUCAUACAAGUCACUGCCUUAGACCGGGACAAAGGAGAAAAUGCCGAACUUAUAUACUCCAUAGAAACAGGCAACACUGGGAACAUGUUCAAAAUUGAACCAGUUCUGGGCAUCAUCACUGUGUCAAAGGAACCAGACUUAUCCACAAUGGGUCAGUUCGUACUAUCCGUCAAAGUCACUGAUCGAGGAAGUCCAUCGCUCUCCGCUGCGGCAAUUGUUAGAAUUUCCUUAUCCAUGUCAGAUAAUUCAAAUCCAAAAUUCACCCAGACAGAAUAUCAGGCUGAAGUUCACGAGAACGUAGAAGUGGGCACGCUGGUUGUACAGGUGUCUGCAAUAAGUCAAUCCACAUUGGUUUUUGAAAUCAAAGUUGGUAAUGCAGAAGGAGCCUUUUCUAUCAACCCAUACUCUGGAGUCAUCACAACUCAGAAACUACUUGAUUAUGAACGAAUAUCUUCCUACCAGCUCAUUGUCCAAGCAACAAAUAUGGCAGGCAUGGCUUCCAACACCACCAUCAACAUCCACGUUCUGGACCAAAAUGACAACCCACCAGUCUUUCUCAGUUCUCAAUAUGUGGGUACUAUCAGUGAAGCAGCCCCUAUAAACAGCAUUGUUAGGAGCUCAGAUAAAAACCCAUUAGUAAUAAAAGCAACUGAUGCAGAUAGCAACCAGAAUGCUUUGCUUGUUUACCAAAUUGUUGAGUCAACGGCCAAAAAGUAUUUCACAGUGGAUUCCAGCACUGGUGCCAUCCGAACUAUAGCUUACCUGGACCAUGAAACCAUAGCUUUCUUUCAUUUCCAUGUGCAUGUUAGGGAUAGCGGAAGUCCACAACUUACUGCCGAAAGUCCAGUUGAAGUUUCAAUCGAAGUAAGUGAUGUCAAUGAUAACCCUCCAGUAUUCACCGAAGCUGUUUUUGAAACAACUUUACUCCUACCAACCUAUGUCGGUGUAGAGGUCCUGCAAGUUAGCGCUCGAGAUCCAGAUUUAGCAAUACCUCCAGAGUUAAGUUAUUCGUUAACAGAAGGAAACCUCAACCAUUUCAUAAUUGAUUCCAGCACUGGGGUCAUCACAGUAAAAAACAGCAGUUUGUCUAAAGAUCAUUAUAUGCUCAUGGUCAAAGUAUCAGAUGGGAAAUUUUAUAGUACUGCUAUUGUUACCAUACUUGUAAAGGAAGCCAUGGAUAGUGGUCUUUACUUCACGCAAGAUUUUUAUUCUGCUUCUAUACCAGAAAACACCACCAAUAUCACAAAGAUAGCUGUUGUGAAUGCUGUAGGCCACCGCUUGAAUGAGCCACUAAAAUAUACCAUAUUAAACCCAGGAAAUAAGUUCAAAAUUAAGUCUACCUCUGGAGUUAUUCAGACCACAGGAAUUUCUUUCGACCGAGAAGAAGAAGAAAUCUAUGAAUUAGUGGUAGAAGCAAGUAGAGAACUAGACAACCUCCGCGUGGCUCGAGUGGUCGUUAAGGUCAACAUUGAAGAUAUCAAUGACAAUGCUCCAGUCUUCGUAGGUCUUCCAUACUACGCUGCUGUUCAGGUUGAUGCUGAGCCUGGGACUUUGAUCUAUAAAGUGACAGCCAUAGAUAAAGACAAGGGUAAAAAUGGUGAGCUAUCAUUUUUCUUGGAAGAUGAUUACAGCCAUUUUGAAAUUGACAAACAGAAUGGGAGUGUUACCUUAAAAAAUUCCUUUGACUCUGAUCUCUCUAACAUAGAGUACAUAUUAAUUAUCAUUGCCAAAGACCGCGGUGAUCCUUUAUUGUCAGCUUUAGUUGAGCUGCCAGUCACCAUUGUCAACAAAGCCAUGCCAGUAUUCGACAAAGCCUUUUAUGCAGCUUCCGUAAAUGAAGAUGUUGAGAUGCACACACCAAUUUUGAGUAUUAAUGCUACAAGCCCAGAAGGCCAAGGCAUCAUUUACACCAUUGUUGAUGGAGAUCCAUAUAACCAGUUUAACAUUGAUUUUGACACUGGUGUUUUGAGUGUGGUCAGCCAACUGGACUUUGAAACAAACCCUUCCUUUAAGUUGACUGUACGUGCAAGUGAUUCACUCACGAGUGCGAGGGCUGAGGUUAUUGUAGAUAUCAGUAUUAAUGACGUCAAUGACAAUCCACCAAUUUUUCAAUUUCCAUCAUACAAUGCCACUUUAUCGGAAAGUUCUCUCAUUGGGACACCAGUCCUACAAGUGGUUGCCACAGAUGCCGACUCCGAUAAUAACAAAGUCGUAAGGUAUCAAAUUGUUCAGGACAUAUUUAACAACACUGAUUCUUUCCACAUAGACAGUACCAGUGGUUUGAUACUCACAGCUCGUCUGUUGGACCAUGAGGUUUCCCAGCAAAGUGUCCUGAGAAUUAGGGCAACAGAUAAUGGAUUUCCAUCCCUAAGUAGUGAGAUCCUAGUUACCAUCUACAUAACAGAUUUAAAUGACAAUCCUCCAGUUUUCAAUCAGUUGAUCUAUGAGUCAUAUGUGAGUGAGCUUGCUCCUAGAGGACACUUUGUGACCUGUGUCCAAGCUUCUGAUGCAGACAGUACGGACGUUGAUAGGUUAGAGUACAGCAUUUUGUCUGGGAACGAUCGUAUGAACUUUUUCAUGGAUAGCAAGAGUGGCGUCAUAACCCUUUCUAACCAUCGUAAGCAACGAAUGGAGCCGAUGCAUAGUUUAAAUAUCUCAGUGUCUGAUGGGCUGUUCACCAGUACAGCACAGGUCCACGUGAAGAUUCUUGGGGCAAAUCUUUUUAGCCCUGUUUUUGCACAAAGUGUCUAUGUGACUGAAGUUAGAGAAAAUGCCCCCAUUGGCACUAAGGUAAUUUAUGUCAAGGCAACAGAUGGAGAUUCAGGCUUGUAUGGACAUGUCACCUACACGAUCAUAAAUGACUUAGCCAAAAAUCGAUUCUUUAUUGACACAUUAGGACAGAUUGUUACUACAGAAAAGCUAGAUCGAGAGAAUCCACUGGAGCGGGACAUUCAUAUAUUUCUUAGAGCUCUGGACGGUGGUGGUCGAGCAGCUUUUUGUACUAUCCAAGUAUUAGUGGUGGAUGAAAAUGACAAUGCACCACAAUUUAAAGCUACAGAAUACAGGGCAAGUGUCAAAGCUGAUGUUGAGAAAGGUCACCUUGUCACUCAGGUGCAAGCCUUUGACGAAGAUGAUGGUGCCAACUCUCGAAUCACUUACUCGCUAUACAGUGAGGCUUCUGUUUCAGUAGCAGAUCUUUUGGAAAUUGACCCGGAUAAUGGUUGGAUGGUUACAAAGGGCAACUUUAACCAGCUAAAAAAUACAGUUCUUUCCUUUUUUGUUAAGGCCGUGGAUGGGGGAAUUCCUAUGAAACACUCUCUUAUUCCUGUAUACAUUCAUGUUGUACCCUCAGAAACUGUCCUGCCUACUUUUGCCCAACCUCAAUAUACAUUCGCUGUCCCAGAAGACACUUUGAUUGGAACUAUAAUAGACUCAUUCCACAUAAAACCUGUUCAAGAAGUUUUAUUCAGCAUAGUCAACGGUGAAUAUCCUGAAAAUAACAAGGAUAACCUUUUUAUCAUCGAUAAGGACACCGGAAUGUUAAAAUUGGACAAAAAAGUUGACCAUGAAUCUAUACCUGUGUUUCAUUUCAAAGUUGCUGCCUCUGUACCUCUGGAUAAAGUCGAUGUCUUAAUUACUGUUGACGUAGAGAUCAAGAUCUUAGAUUUGAAUGACAACAAGCCAUUAUUUGACUCCACAAACUACGAUGCUGUAAUCAUGGAGGGUAUGUCAAUAGGAACCAGCGUUAUCCAAGUGAAAGCUGCCGAUGCCGACUGGGGCGCGAAUGGACAAGUUACUUACAGUCUUAUUUCAGAAAGGCCAGAAGACAAAAUCUUAGAAACAUUCACUAUUGAUUCAAAUACUGGUUGGAUAAGUACACUCAAAGAACUGGACCACGAGAGGAACCCCACUUAUAGAUUUACCGUUGUAGCAGCUGACCUUGGAGAAACAUUGUCUCUUUCUACUUCUGCCGUCGUCUCCGUGACUGUCACAGACAUCAAUGACAACGGGCCCAUCUUUGAACAAGGAACCUAUAAAGGAUUUGUGAAAGAAAGUGAUGCCCCUGGGGAGGUGGUUGGAAUACUUAGCACUUGGGAUGAAGACACAUCUGAAAUAAACCGUCAAGUGAGCUACCAUAUUACAGGAGGUAACCCCAAAGGGAAGUUUGCGUUAGGGCUGAUAGAGAAUGAAUGGAAAGUUUAUGUGAAAAGGUCCCUGGAUCGAGAAGAACAGGACACGUACUUCCUCAACAUCACUGCGACCGAUGGACUUUUUGUAUCUCAGACUGUUGUGGAAGUUUAUGUCACCGAUGUCAAUGACAACAGCCCCGUGUGUGACCAGGUUAUAAAUGCAGCCUCCGUUCCUGAAGACAUUCCUCCCAAUAAGAUGCUGCUGAAGAUCAGUGCCAGAGAUGCAGACAUCGGGAUCAACGCUGAGAUCCGCUAUUCACUCCAUGGUCCUGGUUCUGAUAACUUUUAUUUAGAUGCUGAAAGUGGAGAGCUGAAGACCAUGGCCCCGCUGGAUCGGGAGAAGAUUCCGGUGUAUAAUUUAAUUGCUAGAGCCACAGAUGGGGGAGGAAGAUUUUGCCAGUCUGAAAUCCGCCUAAUUCUGGAAGACGUCAAUGAUAACCCUCCAGCCUUUUCAGCUGACUAUUACACUGCCAGUGUCUACGAGAAUACAGUCACCAAAGCUUUACUGACAAGGGUGCAGGCUAAUGACCCUGAUGUUGGUAUAAACCGGAAGGUGAUCUACUCCCUGGUUGACUCUGCAGGUGGACAUUUCACUAUGGAUGAGCAAUCUGGCAUCAUUGUCCUGGAGCAGCCCUUAGACCGAGAGGUCCAGUCCUCCUAUAACAUCACAGUGAAAGCAUCAGACAGGAGUCCCCUUCAGCCAUUAUCUUCUUUUGCAGUUGUUACAAUUACAGUCUUGGAUGUCAAUGAUAACCCGCCAGUAUUUGAAAGGAGAGAUUAUUUGGUCACAGUUCCAGAGGACACGGCCAUUGGCACCCAAGUCAUGUUUGUGUUUGCGGCAAGCAAGGAUAUUGGCUCAAAUGCAGAAAUAACUUACAGCUUCAGGACUGGAAAUGAGCAUGGAAAGUUCAAGAUCAAUCCCAAGACAGGGGCAAUUAUAGUUGUCAAUACUCUGGACUAUGAAGGCUGCAAAAGCUUUUACCUGGUGGUUGAGGCCAAAGAUGGUGGCAGCCCUCCACUCAGCGCGGUGGCAACGGUGAACAUCAACCUGACGGAUGUGAAUGACAAUCCUCCGUCGUUCAGCCAGGAGGUUUAUAGCGCAGUCAUCAGUGAAGACGCCUCUGUCGGAGAUUCUGUCAUUAUGAUAUUUGCUGAAGACUUGGACAGCCCAUCAAAUGGGCAAAUUAGCUUUUCUAUCAUCAAUGGUGACCAAGAUAAUCAGUUCACGGUUGAUCCGGUCAUAGGACUGAUUAAAGUGAAGGACAAGCUGGAUCGGGAGCGGGUGUCUGGCUAUUCACUGUUGAUUCAAGCUAGAGAUAGUGGUUUUCCACUUCUCUCAUCGACCGUCACAGUAAAUAUCGAUAUUUCAGAUGUAAAUGAUAACAGCCCUCAGUUUACACCGGCAAACUACAGCGCCGUCAUACAGGAGAACAAACCAACCGGUACAAGUAUUCUCCAGCUAAUAGUCACUGACAAAGACUCCUACCACAACGGACCACCAUUUACAUUCACCAUCAUAAGUGGAAAUGAAGGCGGCAAGUUUACACUGGACCAGUCUGGAGUCUUACGCUCUGCAGUUGUUUUUCUACACAUGGUCGCCAAUGAGCAUGUCCUUAACAUCCAGGUGAAAGACUCAGGUAAACCACAACUGACCUCUCAAACCUACGUACACGUGAGAGUCAUCGAAGAAAGCAUCCACAAACCUUCUGCCACCCCACUGGAGAUAUACAUUGUCACCAUGGAGGACGAUUUCCCAGGAGGAGUCAUAGGCAAGAUUCACGCCACAGAUCAGGAUGUCUACGAUGUCCUCUCCUACACUCUCAAAUCAGAGCAGAAAAGUUUGUUCAAAGUAAACAAUCACGAUGGUAAAGUUAUCGCCCUCGGGGGUCUAGAUGGGGGUAAAUAUAAUCUGAAUGUAUCUGUUAGUGAUGGCCGCUAUCAAGUAUCGGUUGAUGUGGCGGUCCAUGUGGAGCAGUUGAUUCAGGAUAUGUUGUACAAUGCUGUCACUAUACGUUUCGAGAACAUCUCUCCCGAGGAUUUUGUUGGGCUCCAUUUGCACGGCUUUCGACGUACUCUUCGGAACGCGGUUCUCACUCAGAAGGAAGACAGCUUGUAUAUAAUCAGUAUUCAACCGGUACCUGGCACAAACCAACUCGACAUGCUGUUUGCCGUUCAAAUGCAAAGCAGAGGUUUCUAUAAGCCGGCAUAUUUGAUUCAGAAGCUCUCAAAUGCAAGACGACAUUUGGAAAAUGUAAUUCGGAUAUCAACAAUCCUGGAAAAGAAUUGCUCGGGAUUGGAUUGUCAGGAGCAACAUUGCGAACAGACGUUGUCUGUAGAUUCUCACUCGCUAAUGACCUAUAGCACAGCCAGAAUCAGCUUCGUAUGCCCCCGGUUCUACAGGAACGUGCGCUGUAUAUGUAAUGGUGGACUUUGUCCUGGCUCUGCAGAUCCAUGUUUGAACAAGCCGUGUCCCGAGGACAUGCAAUGUGUUGGGUACGAAGUCAGCCGGAGACCAUUUAUCUGCCAGUGCCCACCAGGCAAACUCGGAGAAUGCUCAGGACAUACUUCACUCAGUUUUGCUGGAAACAGUUACAUUAAAUACCGGGUCUCGGAGAACAGCAAGCGAGAUGAAUUCAGACUGGGCCUGCGAAUGCGGACUCUGCAGAACAAUGCUAUAAUCAUGUACACGAGAUCGAACCCCUGCAUGAUCCUGAAGAUUGUGGACGGGAAGCUGUGGUUCCAGUUGGACUGUGGCAGCGGCCCAGGAAUCCUGGGAAUUUCUGGCAGGACGGUCAAUGACGGGAGCUGGCACUCGGUCUUUUUGGAGCUGAACCGGAAUUUCACGAGCUUGUCGCUGGACGAUAGCUACGUGGAGCGCCGCAAAGCGCCACUUUACUACCAGACCCUCAGCGCGGACAGCUCCAUUUAUUUUGGAGCUCAGGUGCAAGUGGAGAAUGUGCGGAGCCUGACUGACAAGAGGAGCACCCAGGUCCUGGGCGGCUUCCAGGGAUGCCUGGACUCCGUCAUCCUGAAUAACAACGAGCUGCCCCUCCAGAACAAGAGGAGCAGCUUCGCAGAAGUGGUCGGCCUGACGGAAUUAAAGCUCGGCUGCGUGCUCUAUCCCGAUGCCUGCGAGCGGAAGCCCUGCCAGAACGGAGGGAGCUGUACCAGUGUGCCAUCUGGUGGUUACCAGUGCACCUGUCCAUCCCAGUACAUCGGUAAAAACUGUGAAUCGGAGAUCACGGCGUGCUUUCCAAAUCCCUGCCGGAACGGUGGGACUUGUGAUCCGAUCGGGAAUUCCUUCAUCUGCACCUGCAGGACGGGUCUGAGGGGAUUAACGUGUGAAGAAGACAUUAAUGAAUGUGAACGAGAAGACUGUGAAAAUGGCGGCACGUGCAUCAAUACCUUUGGGUCAUUUUCCUGUAAUUGCACUCAUGGUUAUGUUGGACAGUAUUGCGGUCUAAGACCUGUGGUGGUGCCCAACAUUCAAGCAGGACAUUCCUAUGUCGGCAAGGAGGAGCUGAUCGGGAUAGCUGUGGUGCUUUUUGUAAUAUUUGUCCUCAUCAUCCUCUUCAUAGUCUUCCGCAAAAAAGUGUUCCGUAAAAAUUACUCCCGUAACAACAUCACUCUUGUCCAAGACCCGGCCACGGCGGCACUGCUCAAUAAAACCAAUGGGAUUCAAUUUAAGAACCUCCGGAGUGGUGGAGACAGUCGAAAUAUCUAUCAAGAGGUUGGUCCUCCUCAAGUUCCUGUACGACCCAUGGCCUACACUCCUUGUUUCCAGAGUGAAUCUAGGAACAACUUGGAUAAGAUGGUUGAUGGGCUUGGGGUGGAACAUCAGGAGAUGACAACCUUCCACCCAGAGUCCCCUAGGAUUCUAACAGCUCGAAGAGGUGUAGUGGUGUGCAGUGUGGCCCCCAAUAUGCCAUCAGUAUCCCCAUGUCGUUCUGACUGUGACUCCAUCAGAAAAGGACCUUGGGAUUCAGGAAAUGAUUGUAAAGGACUGGAAGCAGCAGAAGACAUGACUUGCUUUGUGGGGAAUACAAAGGGCAGCAAUUCUGAGAACCAGUCCUUGAACUCCUUUCAGUCGGAUUCAGGAGAUGACAAUGCUUCCAUAGUGACUGUCAUUCAUCUAGCCAACAAUGUUGUUGAUAAUGUAGAAACUGAAGCUCCGAUAUUGGACCAAGGGCAGAAUUACAACAGAGCGUACCACUGGGAUACCUCGGAUUGGAUGCCAAGUGCUCAUUUGUCUGACAUUGAGGAGGCCCCAAACUAUGAAACUGCUGAUGGGUCAUCAGCCCACCAUGGUAGCACCAGAGAACUUGAGACAGAUUACUACCUGGGAGGUUACGACAUUGACAGUGACUAUCCCCCUCCUCAACAUGAAGAUUAUUUAAGUCAAGAUCAGCUUCCACCUCCUCUUCCGGAGGACUUUCAAGAACAUUAUGAUACCCUUCCUAAAGUACAGCCUAGGUCUGUAAUCAGCACACUCAGUCCAGACUGCAGUCGGCGUCCACAAUUUCACCCGAGCCAGUACCUCCCACCUCAUCAUCUCUCAAGCGAACUAGAGACUUGUGGCUCACACCCCGGACUUUCAUUUAGUACUUUUGUGCCUGCUCCAAGCCAAAAGGUGGACAAGACAAGCACAGAUAAUGUAUCUUUAUCCUUGCACAAUUCUGUAGGUGCUUCUUCUUCAGAUGUGUCGGCCAGCUGUGGACUGGAAGAUACCGAAGCGGCCAUAAGUGACUAUGAAAGUUUAGAUGACUUUCGAAUUGAUCACUCCCACAUUCCUUACAUGGAAACCCAACAUCAAACACAAGUGUGACGAACUUUGUUUUUUUUUAUAUAAACACCUGUAUCUGUAUGUAUAGCCAUAGCCUCUAGGGAUACAUAUACAAGUCGUUGCAUUCAUCGAAGACUUUUUAUUAACGAAUGCAAACUAUGGAACGCCAAUGGCUUUGAUAGUACAGUUUGUCAGUGAUACGUUGCAAAAUUAAAUAGACAAUCCUUCUAACAUGUCGCUUAUAUUUAUUGCCAAAAGUAUGCACAGUGUUUUCCUACUUAAAAAAACUGUAUUUUCAAGGGUACAAUAUCAAAAAUGUCAUCUUGUAAGACAAGGUGUGAACCAUUUGACUAGGUUACCAUCUCUGAAUAAACUGGAUGCCUGUAGCUGAAAUCUUUCAUGAGCUACAACAAGUCUUCAGGAGCCAAGAACGUGUGCUUGUCACUAAUUCACAUAGGAAUCAGCCCAUGGACAGUAUUGAUCGAUGAGUGAAUACAGCCUAUUAAGUCACAGAGUGGGUGAUAUCAUUAAAUCAUGACCAACGCAAAAGAGACAGGUUAAAAACUAUGGCAUUGAGUCAUAGCUAGGAAAAUUCACUUCCCUUGCCCAUUAACUUAGCACCUCUGCCAGAGUUGAGUGUCCUACUGGAGGCCCUUAACACAUCACAAGGGGCACAUGCCCUACCAAACUUCUUCCCCUAGGUACCCUCAGAGUCAUGGUAUGCCACCAAUCAUACCUGGACAGAGCAAAUCUAAUAUAAAGUUAAAGCCCCACCCAAGAUCAUUAGAGGCUCCACCCUAAAAUCAUUAGCACUGCUCCCAAAACCUCCAAAUGCCACCCAAAUCUACGCAAACUUCAAAUGAUCUUCAAAGAAAAGCUCAUUGUUAAAAUACUUACCAACAUUUUUGUUGGUGCAUUCAAGGCAUUUAAGACCCACCCUAAGCCCACCCAGGAACACUCACUUCUGAAGCAGGGUUUACAUAAACCCCACUCAUUUUCAAGGUGGGAAAAUCCAACUCUCUUUGAAAAUUUGGCACAAUCCAGGUAAAUUUGAGACUAUUAGCAGUUGUAAGGGUGCAAAAAAUUCAGUUUCUUAGACCCACUGGGUAAUGUCUUAAUUGAUCUUACACUUUGACUUAUACUAUUACAUUUGCCCCUAGAAUGUUUCCAUUGUGCAUGUGUGACAAGUACACUUUAUUAUGUUUACUAUGGGUAAGCAACAGGGCCGUUUACAUACAUGACAUAAAAGUUUACUGGAAUAGCACAAAAAUGUAAAAAAUUCCAAAAACUGCUUUACAUGACUGAAGACGGGAUGUAAAUUAACAGACUUAAUUAGCCAUACAGACGACUUUGUGUUCAACCAGUGUCUGUGCCUUGUCCAUAAUGGCUGUAUUCCCUCCGGUUCCAUUUUUAUGAUUUGCAUACCACACUCCAGACGCCCAACUGGUUUUGCAGUCAGUGUUAGCUCCUUCGUUAUGUAGCAUAAUUGGACACUGUAAUGUACCCAUGGAAGCAAUAAAACAUAGUCUUUUACAUAGUAGAUCAACAGUGUUAUAUAUGUUGGAGAUUUUGGCCUUUCAGUGUUUUUGUAGAUACAAGUAGGCCAGACGGGUGUGGGUGGAAAAACUGCAGAAGAAAGAUAUAGGUCGUAAACAUAUAUUGUGGAAAUUGAUGUCUACAUGUUUAGGACUGGGAUGCCCCAAUCUCUUCUAAAGUGUUUAUUAAAGGGCUUGUAUACGAUUAGAAAAACAUGUCUACUUUCUUUCAAAAACCUCACAGGUUGUGUGUUGCUUUAGAUCAGCUAGAUCAACCUCAUUCAAUUCCUUGAAGUUAAGCUGCAAUACUAGGCUCAACACAUUUUCAGGUGUAGCGCUGUUCCUGGUCAGUUGUAGAGAUGAGUGAAUAGAUUCUGUAGAAUUCAAAUUCAAGCAGAAUUUUUAAAAAAUUUGGAUUCUAUAGAAUAAACAUUUUUGCUAAUUCAAUUUGGGAGAAUUUUGGGAGAAAGAGAGGGGUAGGGGGUUAUCCACUGCUUUUCAGUGUAUUUAAAACACUUUCAAUUUAGCUCAAAUUGAUUGUGGUCCAAAUCGAAUCAGAAGCCCAGUUCAGUCUAAUUGGUCUGGAAUCAAAUUUCUGGAAAUUAAUUCAUCACUAGUUAGUUGCCAUCAGUUUGUACAAUCCUUAAAAUAUGCAAAAAUUUUGUUGAUGUCACCAUGUCCAUGAGCCUUGUUUUUUUCCCCAAAAAUUUUUAUAUAAAAUAUAUUGAAAUGUCAAAAAGUAAAGAACUUGCCCUAUUCACAUGCAAGCAUGUUAUUUCCAUGCAUUGGCCUCAUUGUUUUCCAAAAAUGUGGUGAAUUGCUCCUGAAUCCUGAUUCUCAUGUUCUAGUUCUUGAUUUUGGCACUUUGCCAUAGAAAAAAAAUUGGUAAUCGCCAAUGUCCUGCCCCAGCCUUACCUGAUUAUGGUUUCACUUCUGAUGGCUGUGGGAAAAAAAGCCUGUUAUUAGCUCCAGAAUUCUGGUUUCAACAAGUUUGGGCUUGGUAACUUUUUGGGCUUCUUUGUGCAAAAAAUUUGCACCAUUCUCCAUUUCUACACCACUCCUUUUUACAAAGGCUGGUGGGAACGUGGGCAUGGUUAGUCAGUUGAAUUAAUUUAAGCCUGAUUUAUCAACUAAGAAUUGCCUCAAUCUUACCCGAGUAAAGGAGUGGCCGAGUAAAUGGAGGAAUAUCUCAAGAAAAAGUUCUACACCUGUUUUCUGACAUAGAAAAGUGGCACAUUUUGUUACAUGUACCAUCUUGAGCCAAGUUAUUUGACGUUUUGCAGUUUUACACCACCCAUGCCACUUUUGAAAGUGGGUGGGAAAGUGAGUUGGGUUAGGUAUGUUAAUAUAUUUACUCCAGGUUUAUCAUGGCAAGAUUUUUUAAAUACCCUGCAACAUUUGAUAAAUUUGGUAUAAGGUACACCAGCACAAACUCAAGCAAAAACUGACUUCUUAAAUUCCUCUCAUCAUAAAUCCCCCCAAUUGCUUCUCUUUUUGGGAAACAACACCGCUCUUGACCAUAGAUUGGAGCCGGGUUCUGCAAAGUAGAGCUGUUAGAGCAGCCAUGUUUUUCUAAUCUCAUGCAACAUAUUUAAAGCGGAAAAUUCUCCUUUUAGGCAUUUAUACACAGCCACGGGAUAUGCCCUUACUAUCUUAAUAGAUGUGGUUCCCACUUCUGGGACUUGUAGUUAUUUUCAAAAAUGUGCUUGGAUGUUUUUAAAACUCCUGUACAAGUGAAUGGAGUGAGCCGCACAUGAGUAGCCAAGUGUCCACUCACCAGGAGGGACAUUUUGGAGACACAGUAGAUGUAGAUCCCAGAGAUUUCCUGUGGAUAAAUCAUAAAUGGCUAAGAUGGGAAUACACCUUUAUCUGAUAGCUUGUUCUUUGGUCAUGAUCAGAACAUCCAGCAGUAUGGCACAAAUGUCAUUUAUAGGGUACAUUACCUUCCCAUUUAAAGUAGAGGUGCAAGGACACUUUUUGGAGAGGGGUGCCUUUUUUCUACAUUAUGUGUUCACUGCACCUUGUAUCUUUUAUUUGAUCAUUUUGCUAUGAGCUUAUUGAGCAUUGUGGUUAGGCUACUUGCUCUUUCUCCUUUCUUACCCUUACUUGAUCUCAAUCAUGUUGCUUCCAUUGUACUUUUUCAAUUGUGUUUUAUUGUGUUCAUCUUAAAUAAAAGGGAAGGUUAUGCACAUCCUCUAGUCAUCCCAACCCUAAUAAGAUGGUUCUUGACAUUAAUUGGGUGAUUUGGUCACACUAUAUGCUGACGAUUGUUGUACAGUCAUCUGAUUGUGGUCAGCAGCUUAUUGGAUCUAUGAUCUUGCCAUAAAAGUAGUCAUCUGUUUUGGGUCCAUCUAGGUUAAAAGGGCAUAGAAUACGGUUGGGUAAAAAAUUUGUCUUCAUCACGACCAAGGUCAACUGUAAAUGUGAGGAUUGUCCAUGCAUUUUAGAUUCUUGCAUUGAAAUUUACUCAAUUUAAGACGAAGGUUAAAUGAGUUUUCUCAUGAAGACAACCCUUCCUCCAUUAAGUACAUCCUCCGAGUUAUAGAUCCCACAGCAAUUACAUUACUGGGGGAUUGGAUUUUCUGAGGUCCUCAGAGCUAGACUCCUGGAAAGUUGACCAUCUUCUGGCCGACCAUUCAAUACACUGACAGCCUGGGUCCACCAAAGCAGAAUCUAUUCUUACUUAAUGGCUUUGCACUUUAGCUAAUUGGAGGUGGAGGUCUUCAUGAGGCAACAUUUGUAGUAUUUUUGAUACGUACCAUAUUUCCAUCCAAAGGGUAUAUGCUAGUCUCUUUCUUAUUCAGAAGCUUUCAUGACAUGGUUAUUUGUCUAACACUAAUAGGGUUAAAACAUUCGUAAAGUGACCCCCACAGAUGUUUCAAGAUGUAUGCACAAGUCUUUACACAACUGUAUAUAUCAGAUAGCAGUGCACAUAAAGCUCAGGUUAUAGUGCAGAAUUGCAUUAUGUAAUGGUCUUCCUUACACCUUAUGAGGUAGAUUGUACAGUACAUUCAACAAUUCAAAAAGAAAGGAAGGUGUUCAGCCAUAAUCUUGUGAUCAGUCAAAAACAUCGUACAUGUGAACAUAUCAUUUAAAAGGCUAACCCUUAGAGCUAAAUCUAUGUGAUAAUUUUAUAUACAAUACAAUUGUAUCUUCUGUACAAUUUGACCCUAAUUGACCGGUUGUACAAUACAAUAUCAACUUUUUGGGGGACACAUUUUUGGGUGGAUCAAUGACCCAUAUCUCAACAGUGUUUAUUUCAAUAUCCGUAGCAGAAAAAGGUAAUUCCCUUUGGAAUAUUCUGAACACCAUUUUAAAAAUUCCCAAGGUGUAUACCAGUCUUCGUGAAUUUGGCCUGCCGGCUCUGGCUCUGCUCACAUCAUGGUGUUUUUGAUAAAAAGAAUAAGGUAGUAUUUUUGUCACCAGAGAUACCAAAACCCAGAAGAAAAUCUAAUGGGUCCUAUUUUAAGUCAAUAGUAUCCACCUAGAUUUGUUGGGAUUUUUCUUCAAAAAUGUUCAGCUGAUGUUCAUACAUGUACGGUAGCGCAAUACAAUAUUUAUGGUUAAUUUACGUAAAACCAUAUACAUUCAAUAAUUGUCAGCUACGCAAGUUUGGCCGAGCAUGUAUGUGUUCUCAGUAGGGAGAAGAGAGAAAGCCACUGACAGACACCUCUGGCGGCAGCCUGACAACAAAAGGAUCGGGCAUUUGAGACUCAACUGCCUGAUUCUUCUUCCCCCUUAUAUCUAUCAUCAUAGGAGAGUCGGGGCACCCCUAUAUAUAUAUAUAUUAGAGGGUUGGCCAGUCUCAAUGAAAUUGGCAGAUUUGUCCAACUUUCAUCUUGAGUGCAUGGCCACCUUAAGAUCAGUACGAGAUAAGUAAAGCAAAUACAGCCUCCUGUGGGAACGGUAUACAUCCUUCCUAUGGGAAACAAAGCCAUUUCCCCCUGUGAAAUGCGGGAAAAGGGGGAACAAAUCCAGGAAUUUUUAUGUAAUGUUAUAGAAGUUAUUUGGGUCAACCCAUGUAAGUAAUAGAUGCCCUUUGAGCCAUAUUCUUAUAGAAAUCCUUUAACUUUCAUGACAUUAUUGUUUCAUAUCUAUAAAGUGUCCACUAUCGUCAUCUGAAUUUUAAGUAAUGCGUAUCUCGUUGUCGCCACAACAGACUUCAGCCAUUUAUUCUGUUUCUGUGAUGACUCAUAGCACAAUGUGGUGGUCUCAGUAGAUAGAAUGACGUCUUAGGUAGCAUUUGUGAAGUAGCUUAUCAUUAGAUAGACGCCUUCUGUGCUAUGGAUGAUAUACACUGUAAACUGGUUAUCAUUCCUCAGACUUAUGACAAUGAGUUACCUUGUAUUAUACUAGACAUAAAGCCUAAUUUCAUGCCAUUCUUCAGUAUUGUGUGUGGAAACAUGUUCCUACAGUCAAGGUUUUACAUAAUGUAUAUAAUAUCAGUUUCACGAUUCUUGCUCCUGCAUUUGCAAAUGUAGUGGUGCCGUAAUUAGAUAUUUUGAUUGCAUAACAUUUUCAGCUGCUAGUUUAGGUAUUACCAUUGAUGUACAUUAAUUGCCCCAUUAUGGCUCCCAGGAUAGAAGGGCCUGGUGUCCAGGCCCUUUGGCCAAUUUCCCACCCCUUCUUGCUGUUCCUCCAGAUCCUCCUGCACAAGUUCUCACCACCCCAUAGCAAAAUGGAUGGGACCAACUGGGACUGGGCCCCCUCUCUGUAAGGUUCCCCCAUGGUCUGUAUCUAUGGUAUCUACAUAUGAGAUAAUUAAUGUGGCCAUGUAUGAUCAUCUUAACUGGUAAAUGCCAUAAAGUUUAAGUCAUAUUGCUUAGUUUGCAUGCUAUUACACCAUUGAUAUCCAUUUGGGUGGGGGGAUUUACAUUUGCAUAUUUCUAAAUAUACUAAUCAAAAUGAAUCGGAUUCUACCUAUAUCUAAGCCAUAAUUUUAAUAAGAAAGUUUUAAGCAGCAAGCCAUCAUAAUUGGAGACAUUGCCGUUGAUCAUGAUGAUUGCUAUUUUCUAACAAAACAUCACAAGGAGAGAAAUGUCCAGCAGUAAAGCCAGAUUCUUGAUAAAAUUUGAAGAAAAUACAAAAAUAGGAACCCAGCAGUCAGGUCUACGUGUUUCAGAUUGCUGAAUCCUUAUUCACGAUCCCACGUUGGAUUCUGUCUAUAGCUAAGCCAUAAUUCUAAUAGGAAAGGUUUAUCAUACCAGGAAGCCAUCAGUGUUGUAGCCAUCGUUGUUGAUAACGAUGAUUAAUGUUUUCUAGUACCAGAUAGUGCCCAGACCUUCCAGAGUCAAUCCUACAGGACUGGCAGGGUCAGUCAAAAUGUAGGGUGACAUUGGUCACUUCUGUUCGAAGAGCAAACUCUUAUAUUUGCUUGACAUGCCAUCGACGUCCCACCCAUGUGAGCCCUGCCGAUCACACCCUUCUAUUUCAUCUUGUGUUGGCUCUUUCUGGAAGCUACAUGGUUGGCACAUUAUACUCAAAGGCCAAAAACCACUGCCACUUCAUUCUAGUGAUUGGAGGGUGUCACAGCUGUUGGAACCCCAGAAAUGGCGAUUUGAUGGCAUACCAACAUAUGGGAGUAUGGCCAGAGAUGUUAUGUGACAUUGUAUGCCAUAUAUAUAGAUUAAGUUGCCCUAUGACUGCAAUUUUUGUUUAGAUCUAUUGCAACAAAACUUAAGACGUGAAUGAAAAUCCUAAGUGAUUUCAAUUGUGGCAUUCAGUUCCAAAAAGGCUAUGCAAGACAUUUAAGUUCCUACAGUGUAAAAAUAUAUCAAAUUAGAUCUUUUCACCAUGGGAAGGGGGUGUUUUAUACUAAAUGCUGGUGAUUAGGCGGACAAGGUUCAAUGAAGGGUCUAAGUUAUAGAAAUUAUUACUAGUUAUUAAUUAAUUGCACUGUCAAGGCUAGUGGCAAGGUUGAACCUUAUUCUAGGACCUAAAAUGUCACCUAUAUCCUUGUCACCUACAAUGUAGACAUCUAGAACAUGUGAUAGACAUCUGCUUUUCUGAUCAAUUCUCGCUGAUCCCAGGUAUUUUGGAACCUCCAUAGUAAAUGAAUUCAGAUUUUACAGAACAAAGCACUGCAUGCACCAUGGCAGAACCCAACUGCCACCAUUAUAAGUCAAUUCGGUAAAUGAGGCCGCAAUUCUAUAGAUGUAAAACAUGUGGGCAAAACCUAAAACUUGUUUUCAGGUGUGAUAUUUUUGUAAAAAAUGGCAUUGUGCUAGCUUGGAAGCCAUGGAUAAGUCUAAUAUCAUCAGAAUUAAGUCCUUCCUUGUUUUGUAGCCCUGACCUGUAUGUCAUUGGUUUUGGGGAAGAAAGCAUCAAAAUUGAUCACGUUUUAUCAAUAUUUGAUCAUUAGAGAAAAAAACAUUGGUCCAACAUUGUGGUCCUGACUCCUGACACAAAUAGUCAUUAUUCCUUGUGAAAUAUUAGAACUAUUAAUGCUAUGAAUCUUAAAAAAAAAAAAAAAAAUCUUUGAUGGGACAAGGGUUUAGUUGGUCAUUGUUUUUUUUUUUUUCUGUAGUAAUACAUUGCCAAAUGCAUAGGAAGACACUAGUAUUAUAAAUGAUUAUGGUGAGAGACCUGUUGCAUAUAUUAAAUUGGCGCCCAGGAGCCUCAAGUCACAUCUUAUUUUCAUCAAAUUUAGAAUUUUUCAUUUUGCUCCUUUCAAGAUUUAAAUUUACUAGGAAGAUUUAGAUUAAGAUUCUUAAUUGAUUGGAUGUGUAGCUGUAGAAUAUUUUAAAGCCAUUGGACUAUUGUAAUUAAACAUUAAUAAUUAUAUUGUAUUAUUUGAAGUUUAGUGAAGUUCUCAUGAACUUACAAAGUUUUCUUCAGAUGAACUAUUUGCUUGUCAUAUACCAUGGUUAGUAACUGUUUGCAGGUUGUAUGCCAGACAAAUUUCAAUAAAAAAAAAAAUACUCAAAAAGGCAAUAAUUAAAAUUCAUAGUAAUGCAUUGUGUCAUACAGUAUGUUUAGAAAUCAUUGUAUAGCUGAAACAUGAAAAAAUGUUACCUUCAACUUGACAUUACAUCUGGACACUUUAAAAAAAGAACACAAAAACUGCACUGAUGUUGCUAGGGACAGAAUUGCUGAGCAUUGUAUGAGGGAAAAAAAAAAAAGAUUUUGUAGUGUUUUCCUGUUUUAAACAGGCUGGAUCUUAAGGGUAUGUUGUAGUAUUUGAGACAAUAUUUGUAUAAUAAGGUAUGAAUUGUAUAUAGUUCUUUUUUUAACCUUCAAGUUCUUGUAGAUACAUAAUAGCAACAGUCGGACUGUAUUCCACUUCAGAUCCUUGCAAGAUGUUACCGGCCACCUGUAUUAAACCUCAAUAUAUGCAUCUGAAGUUGUAGGUGUAUUUUAUUAUUAACUUUGUUUGUCUUAGUUUUUUUAAAUUGUUUUUUUAAUAUUUAUUUCAGUUUUAUACCUCUUUAUACCUCUUUCAUUUACUGUAUAUUUCAAAACUUACAAUCUCUGAAAUUUCAUUUUGCUUUUGACAUGAGAAAUCAAUUAUGCUAAUUAUUACACAUGGAUUGGAUUAUUUUCAU